CCUUGCUUGGAAAGGAAAAAGCCUGGAGGAUUUUUGGAAGACACACAAUGAGGAUCAUAAUUUUCCUCCUCACUUUGAGCAUUUUCUCAUGUUCAGGGUUCCCAGUGUAUGACUACGACCUCCCUGUCACAGAGGAGGCUCUCAAUGCUUCCAUUGCCCGGAUCAAUUCCCAGUCAUGGAGCAGAAACCUGUAUGGUGUUGUCAGGAGCCGAGUCAUGGGUGUGGACACGUGGGACAGCGAUACUUAUGGGUUAGAUCUGCGCUUCAGCAUCCGCGAGACCGUGUGCACCAAAGCUUCGGGGAGAGACCCCUCCACCUGUGACUUCAAAAGUGGCCCUUUCGUGCCCACUGCUUCCUGCAGGAGCGUUGUGGAGGUCUCCGGGGGGCUGAUUGCCAACCUCACCGUGCGGUGCCAUCGCAGUGCGUUCAGCUCUGAAUCCAUGAGCAGCGAGGAGAUGAUGCACGUGCCCAUAAGGACCCCUGACAGGUGGGGCAGCGCUCCCAGGGAAGAUGAUGCCUUUGCUCCUGAAGCCUUCCCUUCAAGGGGAAGAGGCAGCAGCCGUGGAGACUGGAACAAACCCAGCUACUCCAACCCUGACAGGAUGGAAUAACCUGGCCUGGAUUGGAGAAUGAGAAGAGUCAAGAUUCAAAGAUCCAGCAUGGGGAGAAAGAACCUGAUGCCUUGGCCUUUCCUUUUUUGGUGAAAAAAAUUUUUCUUCCGUGGAGUGAGAGUCUUUCCCCAAACUCCCUUUCUGCUCAUGAGAUGCUAAAUACACCCUCAUGCAUCAACAGCCCUUCUGAUGUGUUAGGUAUCCCUGGGAGAACUCCAAUUCAGCUGUGUCCAGGACAUUUCUACCGUCCCAUAAUGAUGCUAUUAAAACCUCAUUAUUCCA